AUGGAUGACUCCCUAGAAAAAGUGGAAGCCAAAAUUGAGUCGGGGGUUACAUCCCCCACGCCAGAGGGCAGUCUGGCAUCCGACGAGGAGAUUCGCGACUUACGCCAUGUAUCAGCACCACUUCCCAUGCGAGUCUGGCUGGCAGCCACUAUAGGAAUGGCCGAGCGAUUUGCAUACUAUGGCACGCAAACUCUUUUCCAAAAUUAUCUGCAGAAUGGACCGCAUGACUUAGUCCCUGGAGCAAUGGGUCUGGGCAAAUCUCGAGCGACCACGGUGAAUUUGGCGUUCACCGUGCUGGUGAAUAUUCUCCCACUACCGACCUCCAUCCUCGUCGAUGGAUGCCUAGGCCGAUAUAGGGCUCUUCAGAUAUUCACGGGCAUAUAUGCCAUAGGGUCGGCCAUCCUCUUCGCAACCUCAUUUCCCUCUGAAAUUGUGUCCGGAAUCGCAACUCCUGGCUGGGUCGUGGGUGCGAUACUUAUUUCCAUCGGUCUCGGAGGGGUUCAAGCUUCCGUUCAACCAUUCAUAGCCGAUCAAUACACGGAGCACGACAUGCGAAUCAAAGUCACCAAACGAGGCGAACGGGUUGUGGAAGACCGUGAACUCACAAUUAAAUACAUCUACAACCUCUACUACUGGAUGGUGAAUGUUGGCUCCUUGGGAAGCAUUGCCACAACGCUGAUGGAAAAACACAUCGGGUUCUGGUCGGCUUAUCUGUUAGAUCUCUGCGCGGUGGUUAUUUGCGUCAUUAUUGUUCAACUGGCGAAAUCCAAAUUUGUCCAUCCCCCCGUCCAAGGCUCCAAGCUACCUCGUGCUGCUCGAUGCUUGUGGUAUGCUGCUCGAGGUGGAUUCAAGCUCAACGCUGCCUUGCCGCAAUACCAACUAGAGAAGCAUGGACGAGUGGUCCCCUGGGACACGGAAUUUAUUGCAGAGCUGCGGAAUGCCCUGUUAGCUUUUAAAAUCUGCAUCGGAUGGCCAAUAUUCUGGGUCUGCAUGGGAGAAGGCGCCCAGGUGUCCAUCUCGCAAGCGGGACAAAUGGAAACCCAUGGCAUCCCUAACGAUCUGAUCAAAUCCGCAAACCCGAUAGCCUAUGUGAUUUUCGGACUCAUCGUUCAGAAACAGCUGUAUCCGUUCCUAGAGAAGCGCAAAAUUGCCUUUCGUGCGGUGAACCGUAUCACACUGGGCUUUUUCAUAAUGGCGGUGGCCAUGGCAUACUCGGCUGUGGUACAGGCUAUAAUAUAUCAUACGGGGCCCUGCUAUUCGCACCCCCUUGAGUGUACGGCCUCAGACGGCGGACAGGUCUCUAACCGCAUUCAUGUGCUAUGGCAACUUCCUACAUUCGUCAUCAUUGCACUAGCAGAAGUAUUCUGCUGGCCCACAGGAUCUGAGUAUACGUAUUCCCAUGCUCCAAAAAGCAUGAAGUCGAUCCUGCAGGCGUGCUAUAUUGGGACAGCAGGACUAGGGUACUUGUUAGGCAUGGCACUAACACCCCUUGCGAGAGACCCUUUGCUGGUCGUGUUGUGGUCAUUAGUUGCCGGGCUGAUGUUCAUCACAGCCUGCACGUUUCGUGUUGCCUUUCGCAAAUACUAG